AAAACCAACUCCCUUUGUUGCUAUGCAGCCGGGCUCUGUGGUAUGUGUGCACGUCAUGUGUUUUGCGUCGAAAAAGGAGGAAGGAAUCCCAGACAGCCUCCUGUGACAUCACAUCAUGUCAUGUCAAGUCCCUAUGAAGACGCACACAGUUCAGGAAAAACAAGUUUGGUGACAUUCACUCUGUCUUCCUCCUCCCGCCCUCUUGUUUUUCAGCCCUGUUGCUCCUCCUUCUCAAUAUAUAAUGUAUGCAUGUGCAGCCUCACAGUAUCAGUUGUUUGAUUUCUGCCUGUGACUCUUACCAAGCAGACCAUGGACUUCUCCCAACCCUUCUCAGUCCUCAACGAGAGGCUGAAACCUCGGGGUUCUGCCAGCGAGCAGCUCCACUCCUCCCUGAGCAGACUGGAGGACAGACAGAUGAGUGCGACCAGAACCAAAUCCACCUACCGGCCAACAGUGCUGCCAGCUGAGCCAGACCCCAAACCCCCCGUAGCCCUGACACAGCCAGAAGACCCACAGGCCCCUGGAGACAACAGUACCCAGGAGGAUGCGGUCUCUACUGGUUCUGAGGGAGCUGACCUACAGCCUGGGAACAACUUUUGCCUCUCCCCUGAGAUCUUCUUUCAAGAUGAUGGUGAAGAGGAGGCGCGCGACGAGGACAGCAGCUCCACAAACUCUGAGGAGAAAGACAACCCGGGUGAACUGGCCCCAACGAGGAUGAUGAGCCUCUCCGGGUCGGUGCCCGCAGCCGGUGAAGGUGGCAGCCCGGCACAGUUGAACUACAUCGAUGCCACUUUACCCGACCUGCUCCACAGUGGCAGACCGCUCAGCAGACGAAGGACACUGGGACAUGUCUCAGCAACGCUCAACGAGGUUCGCAGGGAAGUGGAGCUUUCUCGGAGGCGAAGCAUCAAGCUGAAGGCGCAGGUGGACAAACUCCAGGAAAGCAGGAGCGGACAAGGCUGGAGCCAACACAGAGAGAGGGUCACAGAGGAGGUUCUGUCCGUCCUGCGGUUGCUGCACCCACUCACAGACAAUGAGCUCAGCACACCUGAGCCCCCGAGGGGGGAUAAAUGCCUGGACAUUGCCCUGGGUCAGCUGCAGAAUGUGGCUCGUCACCUGGCAAUCAGCCACACCAAACAGGAGUGCAAAUCUGGAAAUGGCAAAGGAGAAGAGGACAGUGCCAUUCUACAGCAGGCACUGUGGGACCGAGAUGAAGCCAUUGAGAAGAAGAAGGCGAUGGAGGCCGAGCUGCUGCGCAGCAAGACGGAGAUGAUGCUGCUCAACAACCAGCUGCUGGAGGCCGUGCAGAAACGCCUUGAGCUGUCGCUGGAGCUCGAGGCCUGGAAGGAGGACGUCCAGCUGAUCCUCCAGCAGAACUUGCAGAACCAGCAGCAGGCACAGCAGCAGCAGCAGCCCCAGAAGAAAACCUUCCGAAGCCUGGGCAUCCUGAGGAGGACCCAGCGACCGCCCAUCCAGCGACCGGCCGCUUUCCCAGUGCCCACAUCUCCGACCAACACUCCCAUCACCAACCCAAACCAAAUCUUCAUCCCGAGAGCUGCAGUCUCUGCUCCUUCAGCUCCCACCGCGCCGGCUUCCCCCAACACACCACCGAGCACCCCGCGCAACUGGAGGGAGAGGCUGAGGAGGGGGGGAAAGACCAGUCGCCAAGCAGAGGAGGCACAAUGUGCAGAGCGGGACAUGGACGGAUUCCAGGUCGUGUCACUGGACUGAAACGGUGACGCCCGUGGACUUUGUUCUCACAACUCUCAAAAAUAGUAUCUGUACAUAAAGAGAAAUGCAGAAUUUGACCCUAAGACUGUGAGACAUGAACACAGCAGGAGGAGGAUUUUUGUGACAGCAAGUGUGGAGACAACAGAACUUCAGUGUAUAUAAUUAACUUUUCACAAUAGCCAUAUCUGUACCUAAAAAAAAUUGAUUCCUUUAGGAGGACAUUUAGGAGGGUUCAUUGGCAGAAAUGUAAUGUCCAUAUUUCUACAGCAGCCUGACCAGACAAACCAGCCAAAGCGGGCUUUUCACAUUUUGAAGCUACUUCGCAAGACUAGAAGAAAAUCAUUUCUGGUAUGUGAAGGCCACUGUAGGUUCCUGG